AUACAAAUUCGUUACGAAUAUCCUAUGGAAAUUGAUUUACAAAAAUAUUUGUCGCCAGAAGCCGAUAGGUCAAAACCUCAUAAAUAUCUGCUCUACAGUGUACUUGUUCAUGUACUUGAUAAUAAUUAUGGUGGUGACAAAUACACGAAUGCAUAUAUAUUGGUUUAUAUCCGUGAAUCUGACAUCGAUGAUGUACUAUCUCCAAUGCUUCCUGAGGAUAUACCAGAACAUUUACAAAAGCGUAUUGAUGAGCAAAAAAGAAAAGAAACAGAGGAACAUGAUUUAUAUUUAUGCGCUACG